UAUAUAAAGGAUCUACGUCACAGCUCCCAACCCAGAAAAAACUCUUAUCUCUCCUUUUUCUAUCUCUACCAUUAUCUCAUCUGUGUGAUUUUCGAUCUUUCAAUUCUUUCAUCAAAAAAUGGGUAGAAAAUUCUUCGUUGGUGGUAACUGGAAAUGUAAUGGAACUGAGGACCAAGUGAAGAAGAUUGUCGACACACUAAAUGGUGCUGAAAUUGCAUCCCCAGAUGUUGUUGAUGUUGUGGUCAGUCCUCCAUUUGUGUUCCUUACCUCGGCUAAAAGUUCAUUGCGUCCUGAGAUUCAAGUCGCUGCACAAAACUGCUGGGUAAAGAAAGGAGGUGCUUUCACUGGUGAAGUUAGUGCUGAGAUGCUUGCCAGUUUGAACAUCCCCUGGGUUAUUCUCGGCCACUCUGAAAGAAGGGCUUUGCUAAAUGAAUCAAAUGAGUUUGUCGGAGAGAAAGUUGCAUACGCACUUUCUCAAGGGUUGAAGGUGAUUGCUUGUGUCGGUGAGACUCUUGAACAACGAGAGGCGGGGCACACUAUGACUGUUGUGGCUGAACAAACAAAAGCUAUUGCAGACAAGGUUUCAAACUGGGCUGAUGUUGUCUUGGCCUAUGAACCUGUGUGGGCUAUUGGAACCGGGAAGGUUGCAACUCCUGCUCAAGCUCAGGAAGUGCACAUGGAACUAAGGGAAUGGCUUGCAAAGAAUGUCAGUGCUGAAGUUGCUGCAACAACAAGGAUUAUCUAUGGAGGUUCUGUAACUGGUGCCAGUUGUAAGGAAUUGGCCGGGCAACCAGAUGUUGAUGGAUUUUUGGUAGGAGGUGCUUCUUUGAAGCCUGAAUUCGUGAACAUUAUCAACGCUGCAACUGUGAAGAAGAAUGCAUAACUCAUGAUCUCGUGGGAGGAAUAGAUGGAGGAACACCAACUUUUCUUUAUGUAGCUUUUUGGUGUAUAAAUUUCCCCUUUUAAUUGAUAAAAAAGUACUACCAACCUUUUUAGUGUUGCUGUGCUUGGAACUGGAACUGAACCAGCUGAUGAUUCUUAAUUUGAAUAAAAUUUGAGAAUCCUUUUUCCACUUAGAUGUAAGCAUGUCUAUUUCCCGUUUCAAUGUUCAUGUCCCAGAUCAUUGCUUCUA